AUGACUUUGUUAUUUUCCUCAUCACCACUCUUCUGCUUCAACAUUUUGUUUAGUCCUUUGUUUAUUUUUAUAGUCUUCUUUUCCAGUCUUUUCUUUCUCUUGCUUUCCUUCUUUCAUUGUAAUCUUUCUUUUUCAUUUUCUUUUCUAUUUCACUCUAAUCUUUUUGUAUUCUUCUUUUCCUUCUUUCACUCUAAUCUUUUUCAUUCCUUUCUUUUCUCUUUCACACUAAUCAUUCCUUUCUUUCUUUCAUUCUUUCAGUCUAAAUUUUUUGUAUUAUUUCUUUUCUCUUUCACAGAAAUCUUUCUUUUUCAUUUCUUUCUCUUUUCCUUCUUUCACUUUAAUCAUUUUUCAUUUCUUUUCAUGCUAAUCUUUUUUAUUUUAUACCAUAAUCUUAUUUGUUCAUUCUUUUCCUUUCCUUUUUUUUCACUGUUUACUUCCUUUGUUUUGUUUCUUUCUUUUCGGUCACUAUUUUUCUCUUUUUACCGUUUCUUUUCUUUCUUUUUUAUACUUCCCUCAAUCUUCUCUUCCCUUAUUUUCAUCAUAUCUUUUCCUUUGUAUUAUUUUUUACUUUUCCUUCUCUUCCUUUUAGUUACUUUCUCUUUCUCCCUUUCCUGA